CCUAUUUCUCUCCACCUCCAAUAAAAGAAGUCCGAGGAACUGCAAUCCGGAUUCUUCCCCAAUAACGAUAAAAACCCUAGCUUUCCUCAAACCCUAGGUCCCAUUGCCGCUCUCGGUCCCCAAACCCUAGCCCCCUGAUCGGCCCCAUGGCCUCCCGCCGGGUCCUGUCCUCCCUCCUCCGCUCCUCCGCCCGCCGCUCCCCGGCGGCGCGGGCCGCCCUCUUCUCACCCCGCCCCCCGAUCUCCUCUCCGCGUCCUUCCCCCAUUGGCUUCCUCCUCUCCCGCGCCGUCGAGUACGCCACCGCCGCCGCCUCCUCGCCGGCCCCGCCGCCGACAUCUCCUACCGCCGGCGGUACUGGAAAGAUCACGGACGAGUUCACCGGGAAAGGCGCGAUCGGCCAGGUCUGCCAGGUGAUCGGUGCCGUCGUCGACGUCCGGUUCGAUAACGGGCUGCCGCCGAUCUUGACGGCCCUGGAGGUUUUGGACAACUCUAUCCGGCUCGUGCUGGAGGUGGCCCAGCACCUGGGGGAGAACAUGGUGAGGACGAUUGCCAUGGAUGGGACUGAGGGGCUGGUUCGUGGACAGAGGGUCUUGAACACUGGCUCUCCUAUCACUGUGCCUGUCGGUAGGGCUACUCUUGGACGCAUCAUCAAUGUUAUUGGAGAGCCCAUUGAUGAGAAGGGUGAAUUAAAGACAAAUCACUACCUUCCCAUCCAUCGUGAGGCCCCUGCUUUUGUUGAUCAGGCAACAGAACAACAAAUUCUUGUUACGGGUAUCAAGGUCGUGGACCUUCUGGCACCAUACCAAAGGGGUGGAAAGAUUGGACUUUUUGGUGGUGCUGGUGUGGGGAAAACCGUGCUUAUUAUGGAGCUGAUUAACAAUGUUGCUAAAGCCCAUGGUGGUUUCUCUGUCUUCGCUGGUGUCGGAGAACGUACUCGUGAAGGCAAUGAUUUGUACAGGGAAAUGAUUGAGAGUGGUGUCAUCAAGCUUGGUGAUAAACAGGCUGAGAGCAAGUGUGCACUUGUCUAUGGGCAAAUGAACGAGCCUCCUGGUGCUCGUGCUCGUGUUGGUCUGACUGGGUUAACGGUGGCUGAGCACUUCCGAGAUGCUGAAGGGCAAGAUGUGCUUCUUUUCAUUGACAACAUUUUCCGUUUCACCCAAGCAAAUUCUGAAGUGUCGGCGUUGCUUGGUCGUAUCCCAUCUGCUGUUGGUUACCAACCAACUUUGGCCACUGAUCUUGGUGGGCUUCAAGAGCGUAUCACAACAACGAAGAAGGGUUCUAUCACCUCCGUCCAAGCUAUUUAUGUGCCAGCUGAUGACUUGACAGAUCCUGCACCUGCAACUACCUUUGCCCAUCUUGAUGCCACAACUGUGUUGUCACGACAGAUCUCUGAACUUGGUAUAUAUCCUGCUGUUGAUCCUCUUGAUUCAACAUCUAGAAUGCUUUCUCCUCAUGUAUUGGGAGAAGAGCAUUACAACACUGCUCGUGGUGUUCAAAAGGUUCUUCAGAACUACAAGAAUCUUCAAGAUAUUAUUGCAAUUUUGGGAAUGGAUGAGCUCAGUGAAGAUGACAAAUUGACUGUGGCUCGUGCUCGAAAGAUACAACGGUUCCUGAGCCAACCUUUCCAUGUUGCUGAAGUGUUCACUGGUGCACCUGGAAAAUAUGUGGAGCUGAAGGAGAGUGUUGACAGCUUCCAGGGUGUUUUGGAUGGGAAGUAUGAUGACCUUCCUGAGCAGUCAUUUUACAUGGUAGGAGGGAUUGAUGAAGUUAUUGCCAAGGCUGAGAAGAUUGCGAAGGAAUCUGCCUCUUGAGCACAAAUUUAACUUUAUUUAUAAUAAUCUGAAAGAUGCAGUUAAUGAUCCCUGCAUCUGAAAAAACACAUUUUUGGAAGUCAACAAUGUUUUAUGCCAACUCUUGGCUGGAGAAUUUCUGUAGGUUUUAGGAAAGAGCAAGUGUUCUUUUUAACGGAAUAAACAGUGUUGAACAUUUGUUUAAUCUCUUGCAGUUGGAUACAAGCCAUUUCUACUCAAUAUUCGACUUGUUUUUGUGGACUAUUUACACCAUUAUCACUUGUUUUGAACAUGGAAUUUAUGCUUUGCAACA